CAGGCGGGCGGUGCCGGGGGCGGUCCCGACAGCCCCCGUCUUGUCCCAGGCCGGGCACGAGAGGGAGGGAUCGGGAGGUAGCUGUCGCCGCCUGGCCACGGCGGCUCACUUCCACACCGACGAUCCAGACGGGCCGAGCCAUCCCCGCUUCCCCUGGAGCCGCCGGGGAUGGGGAACACCGAGAGCGGGGAGCCGGGCGGGGGCCCCGGGAUGUUGCCGCCCCCGCCGGGAAGGGUUCCCAUGCCGGAUCAGGGGGAGCUGGAAGAACGAUUCGCGAUGGUGCUGAGCUCCAUGAAUCUCCCUCCUGACAAGGCCCGUCUUCUGAGGCAAUAUGACAAUGAGAAGAAAUGGGAUCUAAUUUGUGACCAGGAAAGGUUUCAAGUGAAGAAUCCACCCCAUACAUAUAUACAGAAAUUGAAGAGUUUCCUCGAUCCAGGUGUUACCCGAAAGAAGUUCCGUCGGAGGGUGCAGGAAUCUACCAAAGUGCUGAGGGAGUUGGAGAUCUCUUUAAGGACCAAUCACAUUGGAUGGGUGCGUGAAUUUCUCAACGAUGAAAACAAAGGCCUGGAUGUGCUGGUGGACUACCUCUCAUUCGCUCAAUGUGCAGUGAUGUUUGAUUUUGAGGGUCUGGAAAAUAGCGAGGAUGGAGCUCUAGAGAAGCUGAAAUCUUGGAGUAGGUCCAUAGAGGAUCUGCAGCACCCCAGCACCCUGUCUGCUCCCUACGCCAACAGUCUUGCUCGCUCUGCGCGCCAGUCUGCUCUCCGAUACACCACCCUUCCCAGCAGAAAAGCUCUGAAGAACUCACGGCUGGUGAGCCAGAAAGAUGAUGUGCACGUGUGCAUCUUGUGUUUGCGAGCCAUCAUGAACUAUCAGUAUGGAUUCAAUUUGGUCAUGUCACAUCCUCACGCUGUUAAUGAGAUUGCUCUCAGUUUGAACAAUAAAAACCCCAGGACAAAAGCCCUGGUAUUAGAACUGCUGGCAGCUGUGUGUCUUGUCCGCGGCGGCCAUGAGAUCAUUUUAGCUGCCUUUGAGAACUUCAAGGAGGUAUGCAAAGAGCAGCAUCGCUUUGAGAAAUUGAUGGAAUAUUUCCGUAAUGAGGAUAGCAAUAUUGACUUCAUGGUAGCCUGUAUGCAAUUCAUCAACAUUGUGGUCCAUUCAGUAGAAGACAUGAACUUCCGAGUGCACUUACAAUAUGAGUUCACCAAGCUGGGUUUGGAAGAGUUCUUACAGAAGUCAAGACACACAGAAAGUGAAAAGCUGCAAGUGCAAAUUCAGGCCUACCUGGACAAUGUGUUUGAUGUAGGUGGGUUGUUAGAAGAUGCUGAGACCAAGAAUGUGGCUUUGGAGAAAGUAGAAGAACUGGAAGAGCACUUAUCACAUUUGACAGAAAAGCUCCUGGAUCUGGAGAAUGAGAACAUAAUGCGGGUAGCUGAGUUGGAGAAACAACUGUUACAGCGGGAAAAGGAAUUGGAGAUUGUCAAGGAGACAUAUGAAAGUGCCAGCCACCAAGUUCAUACAUUGCGCAGAAUUAUCAAGGAGAAGGAAGAAGCCUUCCGGCAUCACUAUACCUCACAUCCAAUGGGGAGUGACCACUUGCCACUGCCACCACCUCCAGGGGCAGAGAUCAAUUUCUGCGACAUCUCUGAGGAUGAACUCUGCCUGCCUGUCCUGCCUCCUGUGGAGGCUGCUCCUCCUCCGCCACCUCCUCCCCCACCUCUUCCGCCACCGCCUCCUCCACUACCAGAUAAGUGUCCACCAGCUCCGCCUCUUCCUGGCACAUCUCCUUCGGUGAUUCUCACAAUGGGCUUAUCAGCAAUCCGGAUUAAGAAGCCCAUCAAGACCAAGUUCCGCUUGCCAGUUUUUAACUGGACGGCAUUGAAGCCCAACCAGAUCAGUGGAACGGUCUUCAGUGAACUGGACGAUGAAAAAAUCUUGGAGGAUCUUGAUCUGGACAAGUUUGAGGAGCUCUUUAAGACCAAAGCACAGGGCCCUGCCAUCGAUCUCCUUUGCUCUAAAAACAAGGCAUCCCACAAAGCGGUCAACAAAGUGACCUUGCUGGAGGCCAACCGGGCAAAGAACCUGGCCAUCACGUUGCGUAAGGCAGGCAGGACCACGGAGGAGAUCUGCAAAGCCAUCUACACGUUUGACCUGAAGACCUUACCAGUGGACUUUGUGGAGUGCCUGAUGCGCUUUCUGCCAACGGAGAAUGAGGUCAAGCUACUGCGCCAGUAUGAGAAGGAGAGGAAGCCGGUGGAGGAAUUGUCAGAUGAGGACCGCUUCAUGCUGCACUUCAGCAAAGUCGAACGUCUGACCCAGCGCAUGGCCAUUAUGGCGUUCCUGGGCAACUUCAGUGAAAACAUCCAGAUGCUCAUGCCGCAACUCAGUGCCAUUAUCGCUGCCUCAGCGUCCGUCAAAUCAUCACAGAAGCUCAAGCGAAUGCUAGAGAUCAUCCUGGCCCUUGGCAACUACAUGAACAGCAGCAAGCGUGGCUCGGUUUAUGGCUUCAAGCUGCAGAGUUUGGACUUGCUGUUGGACACCAAGUCAACUGACCGGAAGCUGACUCUUCUACAUUUCAUUGCCAUGAUGGUGAAGGAGAAAUAUCCUGAGCUGAGCAACUUCUGGCAGGAACUGCACUUUGUGGAAAAAGCAGCUGCAGUAUCCCUGGAGAAUGUGCUGCUGGAUGUGAAGGAACUGGGGCGUGGAAUGGAGCUGAUUCGGCGGGAAUGCAGUUUGCACGAACACAGUAUCCUGCGUAACUUCUUGAUUGCCAACGAGGGGAAGUUGGACCGACUCCAGAAAGAUGCUAAGACAGCGGAGGAAGCCUACAACACGGUCGUGCGCUAUUUUGGCGAGAGCCCCAAGACGACACCGCCCUCGGUUUUCUUCCCAGUCUUUGCACGUUUCAUCAGAUCCUACAAGGAUGCAGAGCAAGAGAAUGAACUGCGCAAGAAGCAGGAACAAGCCCAAAGGGAGCAGGCAUUGGCCCAAGAAGCUAAGAGGCUAGAGAAGCGGAACAAAUGGCAGCAGCAAGAGUUAAUUGCUGAGCUGAGGCGGCGCCAAGCCAAAGACCACCGGCCUGUUUAUGAAGGGAAAGAUGGGACCAUUGAGGAUAUUAUUACAGAUUCUUACAUGCCCUGCCUUUCCAACUGGCGAAUGCUGCACUCCGGUGGCCCCGACCUUGUUCUUUUUUGCCAAAGAAGCAACUUCCGUUCUUUCAAAGACUUUCAACUGAAGGAUCCAAGGGACAUUUAAAAAAGUGCCUUCCCGCAACAGUAUUAUUCUUACUCUUUUAUAAUUUAAAGAUGUAUUUUUUUUAAUCUGUACAUAACGUGUUCCUUCCAACCGGUCCCUCGCUCCUGCAGCCCAUCACUAAGUCAACUUGGACAGAUGAGACUGUUCUGGCUUUUGAGAAGGGCCUAGGCAGCAGGAGGCCGGCACCCUCCUCUAGCGCCUCAAGCCUCAAGCAUCCAAACCAGAAUUGCACUUUGACCAUUCAACUUGUCUUUAAUGGAUGGAGACAAUAAGCACUAUCGUUGCUAGGCCCUGAUGUAUUGCAGGGGGGGGGGGGGAUCAGUCUCUGGUAGUAGGCCUUUGUAUACUGAUCAGGUCUUGUGGAAAAGCUUUGUUGUUGUUGUUAUUGUUCAGGAGCAGUCUUCUGCAAUUGCGUGGUUUUCUUAGAACAGGCUGUGAGAGUUUGAAAGCUAGGCCUUGGUGGCCUUGGAAAACCACUGGAACCUUUCUUCCAAAGGGAAAAAAAAUAAGACCAAAGUCUCAUGUCUCAACUGCACAAAGGUAACUGUGUUUGAUACAGCAGGGAACGGAUAGUGGCUAGCCAACCCUUGGGGAUCUCAAGAAAAAUCCUGGGUAGGUUACAGGCUAUCUCAGUUUGUUUGUUUUUUAGAAACUCUUGCUAUUUUUUCCAAAGAAUGAAAAUUUGCUUCCUAUUUGUAUGUGGCAUGUUCUGCUCAGUUGUUGUUUUUUUAUACUUGGUGGACCAAACAAAACGUAGCACUGCCUAUUAUGCUUAUUGAAGCUUUCAGAAUAAGUAGAAGUUAAGUUAUGCAUGGUGGUUAUUCUUGAUGAAUUUGCCCAUGUCAUUUUAAUUCAUGAAUGAGAUGGGGACUGUUUUUUAUUCAUUGAUGAAGGAUAAAUGACAUGAUUUCCUAUCAUCAAAUGGGCAGAAUUCCCUGAACUACUUUAGAGUAAGCCUUUUUUUAAAUGGAAUUCCUCAUAGUUUCAGGAGAUCCUGCACUGAAGAACCUAUCUAUAAAUAUUACCUCAUGGCUGGAUUGAUUCAACCUGGUUACUGAAGUAAACAAUUUCUGGGUUUUCACAAUAUGUGGAACCAGAAACUAAGGGAUAAGGUUAUACAGCUGACUAAACCACAAACAAACCAUAAUUGACAUGAAGGCCAACCAAACUUAGCAAUGUAUGCAAAUAUAGCCACUGAAUUUUGAACUAAGUUGUUUAUGAAUAUUUUGUGAGCCAAGAGAUAAAAUUGGUUUCUCUCCCCCACACCUGCUCCUUGAAGGUUGUCCAGGUUGGAACCAUCUCUAACUCAACACGCAUUUGCAGUAAUUGUUGUGCUGAUGUUUGAAACUAGGCUUGUUGUUUUCAGCCUGGAUGUUUUGAGACAAUCCAGUCUUGCUUUAACUUCUCUUAACUUGCCUGAUAACCUCUGACCAAAGAUUUUGAGGUAUUAACAGUUUAGGAUAAAGCCACUUGACAAUGGUUAGGUUCUUCAACUGUUUUUAAUUCAGAGAACCAAAUGACUCCUUAAGUGUUUACAGCACUUUUUGCAGCUAGGAAAUUAGUAGGGCUAAAGAUGCUUCCUUAGAUGAGUCUUCUUCAACUUGGUACCAUCCAGACAUGUUGGACUACCCUUUUUGAUUGCAUCAACAUGGCUGAUUUAUUUGGAGACUAUAAAGUUGGCAAAGUUGAUACAGAGUCUUUAAUUCACCGAAUAGAUCUUUAGAUGAAGUUGUCUCCACUCUAGUAUUAUGAAGCUCUCUCUGCUUCUGAAACCUUAAUCUAGAAGGGAUCACUUACUAGGCUUAGUCUUAUGGACAUUUAUGAACUAUAUUUUUAACUUCACAGAAGAGCAUUUGCAUAACAGAUUGCACCAAUAUAAUGUUGCCCACAUAAGAUAGGAAGAUAAUUGGAGUUAUUAAACAUCUGGGAUGCCCUAGUCAAUUACACAAAAGGCAUCUUAGAUCAGACACACCUGAAGCUAUAUAACAUUUGUUUUGCCAAAAGUAUGUUUUGUAUAAAGUUCCUGUAUUAAACUGUGCCAGAGAUUGCAAUGGUUCUUGCAACCAAUCCAGUGCCUUAUGCAGAAAGUAGAAGUGGGAUACAUUGGGCUCUCUGGGGCCUUUGGUGCAGCCCUCCAUGCAUACAACUGGCCUCCUUGAUCCUGCCUUUUUUACGUUGUAACAGCUGCUUAUUCUUCAGAGUCCUCUGUUCCAUAGUUACUAAGUCUGCUAGGAACAUCAGGGCCAUGGGUUCUACACUUAUUUGGGAAGUACAGAACUUCUGAACUCCCCAGCCAGUUCAGUCCCAUUGAGAUUGCUGAGAAGGACAGAGAGGAGGAUACAGUUGUCUUAGCUAGAGCCCUCAUCCAUCUCCUGCAUGCAGUACGGCCACAAAUGCCCAAACACCAAGAAAAAGGGUGAUUCUCUGGCAGGUUUAGAUUUCUGUUUCUGGAUCUGAAUUUUGCUCCCAAGGCCUGUAGUUUAGGAGAUGGCUUUGAAUUUCAAGGGAAAUCAAUGGCUGUGUCAAGGGCAAUGGUUUGCUUCGGUGAAAAUUCUAGGUUCUACUUUUAGAGUGAUCUCAGACAGCUGGGAGAAGUUGCUUUUCCUGUGAUAUUCCUGGAGAGCUGCUGCACAAAACUGAGCUGCUGGAUGGUCUGACUUUAUACUUGUCUGCACAGGAAAGGCCACUUAGGGGAGACACAGGACUGUAGCCUGAGCAUCAUAUUCAGACUCUCCACCUCAGGUUUAGGACAGGACAAAACAAAGGUGAAUGGAUCAUAUAGUGUUGGCACUUUAUGGAAUCAAACUCUUGAUUCUCCUUCCUUCCUUCCUUCCUUCCUUCCUUCCUUCCUUCCUUCCUUCCUUCCUUCCUUCCUUCCUUCCGACUUCUUCAUUCCAUUCCUCCUGUAACAGUAUAUGGAAAAGGGGUGUGGGUGCCUUUUAUUUCUGCCCCAUUUAUAUAAAAAUUGUUUGAGUAAACUUUGCUAACAUUAAACACAGUAUUCAAAAUUCUAGUACCGAUUGCGGGGGUGGGGUGGGUGGGAGUUAAUAAUAUGGUUAACAUAGAAUCUCCCACCAGCCAAAUGUGAAUCGGCCAUCUCUGCUUCGGGGUGGGGCAGGGCAUGGAGAAGGGUAUGCUACGUUAUAAUCUCUAUGACUUCUCUCUAACAAAGAUGUCAUCUGCCUCUUAAAUCUGGCAAAUUGUAACUAGCAUCACUAUUGACAGAAUAUCCUUACCUCUUCAUCCACUACAGUGUUUAUACAUAUGAAAACCACUGGCUUUUAGGGACACCUCCACUGAAAUCAGUCACACUUACUUGCUUAAAGAAGGGGGCAUGUAUCUAAACCCCUAAAGCGGUGAUUAUCAUUUGAUUAAUGUGUAACUCUAUUCCUGGACCCCGUGAUUCUCUUCUCUGUGUCUUGUUGCAAAGA